AUUCUUUCAAUCCACGGCACUUGAACUUCUCUCUCCAGGUCUUGGCUUUCCAGCCACGAAUCGUUGUGCAGGGGGGUCGUGCUGGGCUGCGGUGACCCGCGGGGUGCUGGCUCACCUGCUUCUGCAGUCCCCACGCCUUGCUGAUAAAGCAACCUAGCUGGAAGGCCGAUCCAGGCCGAUGGAGGGGCCAAUUUGCUUCCGGCGGCGCAACACAAAAUGGCAUUUGACGAUGGAGAUGGAAAACGCUAGCAUGGUUUACUCUCAGCCACUUGAAGCACAGAGACCGUGAUCUUCAGAGGCCUUUCAUCCAUUCCUCCUCGCUGUCCCCUCGCCCAUCGCCAUGUCGCUCUCCAAAAUCAAGCACAUCGUCCUGGUGCUGUCAGGGAAAGGCGGCGUCGGAAAAUCGUCUGUGACCACCCAGCUAGCACUAUCGGUCUCUCUAGCCGGCCACUCUGUCGGCGUCCUCGAUGUCGAUCUCACCGGCCCCUCCAUCCCGCGCAUGUUCGGGAUCGAAGAUGCGAAGGUCAGACAAGCGCCCGGCGGAUGGCUGCCCAUCACUGUUCACGAGGCGGAUGCCUCCGCGGGUAUUGGCUCGCUCCGAGUGAUGAGCCUCGGGUUCCUGCUGCCGCGACGGGGCGAUGCUGUGGUAUGGCGAGGGCCGAAGAAGACGGCCAUGGUCCGGCAGUUCCUAUCGGACGUGUUCUGGGACGAGCUCGACUAUCUUUUGAUUGAUACCCCGCCGGGUACAAGCGACGAGCACAUAUCCUUGGCAGAGACGCUUCUGCUCAACACCACCGAACAGCAACGGGCUGGCGCCGUGGUCGUUACAACUCCACAGGCCGUAGCUACGGCCGAUGUCAGGAAAGAGCUUAAUUUCUGCACGCAAACGGGCAUUCGUGUGCUCGGUGUCGUUGAGAACAUGAGCGGAUUCGUGUGCCCAAAUUGCAGCGAAUGCACGAAUGUCUUCUCCAGCGGUGGUGGGGAGGUGAUGGCCAACGACUUCAACGUCCGGUUCUUGGGCCGGGUCCCCAUCGACCCACAAUUCCUGGUAUUGAUCGAGACCGGCAGGAGGCCAUGCUACCCCCAAGGGACUACGGUAAAUGGUCAGGAUAUUUCCACGCCUACCGAGGCACCAACUGAAAAGCAAGAACGGCGAGAUUCCGCGUUGCUGGUGCACAAAUACAAGGAGUGCUCCCUUGCUCCUAUAUUCAGCAGCAUCACGGCUGAUGUCGUGGCCGCAGUCCAGGCCGCAGCGUAGGGGUCAAGGGCAACAUCGAAUGCCUCGCGAUACCACCAAACACGAGGCGUCGCCGUCUGAUUCUGGCUGUGUCUGAACGACAAGCCACGGCUACUUAUAUCGCAGUCCCCGCACAGCGCAUUCCAUACUCUACGUUGGACUGCACGAGGAGAAAGGCUGUGAGAGCCCCAGGAACAUUCCACUUCGCGCAGAGGAAGACUGCGCACGAGUUGACGCAAGUCUGCUAAUGGCUUCACCGCGUUGGGGAGAGACUGC